CGCCCCCUUCAGAUCCUUUGCUCCGGAGAGAGACCUGUCCGAGCAGAGGCCUGGACUACAUCUCCCGGCGUGCCUGGCAGUGUGGUGGCCUCUGUGCGCCGUCUGCACUCGUUGCAGGCGACGAUGCAGAGGGCUGUAAGUGUGGUGGCCUGUCUGGGCUUUCGCCUGCAGGCAUUCCCCCCGGCGUUGUGUCGUCCACUUAGUUGUGCACAGGAGGUGCUCCGCAGGACACCGCUCUAUGACUUCCACCUGGCCCACGGCGGGAAAAUGGUGGCGUUUGCGGGUUGGAGUCUGCCAGUGCAGUACCGGGACAGUCACACUGACUCGCACUUGCACACACGCCAGCACUGCUCGCUCUUUGAUGUGUCUCAUAUGCUGCAGACCAAGAUACUUGGUAGUGACCGGGUGAAGCUGAUGGAGAGUCUAGUGGUUGGAGACAUUGCAGAGCUAAGACCAAACCAGGGGACACUGUCGCUGUUUACCAACGAGGCUGGAGGCAUCUUAGAUGACUUGAUUGUAACCAAUACUUCCGAGGGCCACCUGUAUGUGGUGUCCAACGCUGGCUGCUGGGAGAAAGAUUUGGCCCUCAUGCAGGACAAGCUCAGGGAGCUUCAGAACCAGGGCAGAGAUGUGGGCCUGGAGGUGUUGGAUAAUGCCCUGCUAGCUCUGCAAGGCCCCACUGCAGCCCAGGUACUACAGGCCGGCGUGGCAGAUGACCUGAGGAAACUGCCCUUCAUGACCAGUGCUGUGAUGGAGGUGUUUGGCGUGUCUGGCUGCCGCGUGACCCGCUGUGGCUACACAGGAGAGGAUGGUGUGGAGAUCUCGGUGCCAGUAGCGGGGGCAGUUCACCUGGCAACAGCUCUUCUGAAAAACCCAGAGGUGAAGCUGGCAGGGCUGGCAGCCAGGGACAGCCUGCGCCUGGAGGCAGGCCUCUGCCUGUACGGGAAUGACAUUAAUGAACACACUACACCUGUGGAGGGCAGCCUCAGUUGGACACUGGGGAAGCGCCGCCGAGCUGCUAUGGACUUCCCUGGAGCCAAGGUCAUUGUUCCCCAGCUGAAGGGCAAAGUGCAGCGGAGGCGUGUGGGGUUGAUGUGCGAGGGGGCCCCCAUGCGGGCACACAGUCCCAUCCUGAACAUGGAGGGUAUCAACAUUGGUACUGUGACUAGUGGCUGCCCCUCGCCCUCUCUGAAGAAGAAUGUGGCGAUGGGUUAUGUGCCCUGCGAGUACAGUCGUCCAGGGACAAUGCUGCUGGUAGAGGUGCGGCGGAAGCAGCAGAUGGCUGUAGUCAGCAAGAUGCCCUUUGUGCCCACAAAGUACUAUACCCUCAAGUGAAGCUGGCUUAGGGUGGGGCUGUCCCUUCCAGGAGUUUUGCCCCUACAAGGGGUCAGUCAAGAAGCUGAGGCAGAACUCACUGGGGGUGGGCAGUUAAGGUGGAGGCUGAUUCUAAUUGUCUGGUUGAGGAGCCACACCACCUAUUCCCCCCACCUAACUCAUGCCACUCCAGCUUCCUUCAGGACCCUGCUUCUGAGUGACGGACCAGCUCACACAAUGUCUUGUUUCAGUCCAUGAUCCCACUGACCUACUCUUGCCUGCUGGAGAGUAAUGAGAAUCUUUGGUUCUGCCAUCUCUCCCACUCUGUCAGGUGCUGGCUGUGGAGCAAAGGCUCACCUUUGCGGGGAAGAUAAAACCUGCCCAACCUACCUCACCAUGGUUUUUCACAUUGCAAAGGGUAAUAACAUGGGUAGUGUGGACUUAGGCUACCCUCUCCAGUUUGCUUUCCAUAAAUGCAAAUUGUCCCUACUGCAAGUCAGGAAUGAUUGCUGACUCACAGUAGGGCUGCCAUGCCUGUGUGUAAACUUAGGGAUGGCUGAGGGAAUACAGACUCACUCUUCCACAUUCCCAAGUUGGUCUAGUGUGCUGCCCAGUGGCAAACCAUGGCAGGCUCACCACCCAUUCUGAGCUCCAGGGCUGUUGUAGGGCAGGGUGGGCUUCCUCCCAGACUUGCCUUACCCUGGGCUGACCUUUGCCCCUGGUAUGCAUUAAUGGACUCCACUGAAUCCUAAAAAAAAAAUUAAACUUCAUUCUUACUUGCCA